AGUGAAAGUCGGCUGUACGGCGUCAGUCAGUAUCGCCUGGCGCGCCAGCCGGUACGCGCGCUUCACUUCUCGUCCACCAUUCGAUAGUUAACCUCAAACCCUAUACACCAACCACUAUCCUCGCUGAAUUUACGACAACCUCGGCUUCUAAACUUGACGAGACUCUCAGGCUCUAAACUGAGAUAGUCGUAAAGUUGUUAAAAGUUUCCGUCGUGUAGUACCUUACGUGCGGUUAUAUUUUGAAUGUUCCGAAACAAAUGUGUCGAUUCAACUCAAUAUAUUAACAUAUUGAUAAGUUAUAGUGGAUAAAACUAGUGGACCGGAAGAAAUGGCAGCCGCUCACGAUUAGGAAAGCUAUAAGAUAUCUACAUGAAAACUAAGAUUUGUGGACGAUUUCUGUGUGGACAAUGAGAAAAGUGCGUAAAAAGAAGCCCAUUGUCGCAACGCGACACUGACUCUCAUGUCGUUCUAAAUAGUGUUUUAAAUUUGUGCUUCCUACAUUACAGCGCAACAUUCGGAAAAGAUGGCGCUGGUAAUGCUACCAUGUGAUCUGCCCUGGUGGACUUCAGUUCAAAGACAUCUGAAACAUUUACUUUUGGCAUCAUCGCCAUCCAAACUCACUGCAAACAUGCUAAAAAUACACGAUAUGUGCAACAUAGGAAUAGAUCCAGACGACGAUGUAAGAGACCCUGAUCUCAUGAAAGGCUUGGAGAAAUUCUUAGAGGAAGAGCUGACUGAGAGUGAACGGAGCCACUUUCUGGACAAUACGAUAAGGAUCAUGGUCAACCGGGCGUUGCAUUUGAAGAGGUGGCGGCCACCGAAGGGACUCGUUUUUAGUUUACAACAACAAAGUGAUGUUACAGAACUGGACCACAAUUUCGUAUCGUCCCUAAUUGCUCAUGCUUUUUUUUCUACUUUUCCAAAGAGAACGCUCAAAACACAUCCGACGCUACAAGACUUCAAUUUUACGCAUUUUUUUAAGAAUUUACACAGAAAAUCGCAAAGAAAUAAAUUAAAAAGUUUGCUACAUUAUUUUGAAUGGCUAGACAAAAACAGCAGCGAAGGAACGAUAAAGUUAAGCCGACAGGUGAUGACGUCGAAACAAUGGCUUACGAUAGAAGACUGGCUAGAAUGUACGCUACCGUUAUGCAAACUGUUGGUGAGGCACGAGGGGCGACCGGAGCGAUGUGAAAAUGAUGAAGCCAUUAGAGUCUGUUUUGCAUCCAGUAGAGUAGGUGGAGAUAUCCUCAUUGACGGAGACUCACAGGAAUCGUUGUCAAUGUUCAUGAUGCCAGAAUUAUUGCCAGCAAUGUUAUCCGUUGAAGCUCUAGAAGAUAAUGAAGUGUUGAAAGUAGAAGGUGUUAGAUUGUUCAGCAGAAUUUGUGACAAAAAACAUAAGACUAAUAUAGAAUUACUAAGUGAACCCAAAACGGUAAACGUGUGUUUAAUGGAUGCAGAAGAUUACAGCAGCCUUCCCCUUGGUCAAUGGGAAGAGGAUAAUGUAUUACGAGAGCUUAAUAAAUGUCUACUGGCGUUCCAACAGACUCCUAUGAAAAGUCGGGACAACCCACGCCACGAACGUCGACUGUCACCUAUAGGAGAGUCCUUCAGCCACACUCCGCCAGAAGUGGAAGCCACAGUGGUUAUAAAACAAGCAUCAUCAUGCAGCACCAUCAACAGCUACAGCAGUAGAAGUCCGUCCCCGCAGAACUACUGCGCAGCCACUCUCAAUUUGAACGAUCCAAGUGUCGAGCUAACAAAAAGGAAAUGCUGGUUGUCACCUGACGGCAGCACUUUAAAUAACCGACGAGGAAGAUUCAUAGUUCUCGGAUCGUCCGGCGAAUGUCUCCCAGUCACAAGGUCUCCUGGCAACCCAAACUUAGAAACCCAGGAGGACAGUCUCUACUCUAGUUGUAACUCGAGCGAUGAUGAAUACCACAGCGCCAAUGAUAGCUUCGAUUACGCAGGUAGCGAAGAUGAAGGGAGAGGGGAAAGCGCACGUCCUAAUUCAUUCCAAUAUUCUAAAGAGUUGUCAACUGAGGAGAGACGGAUAAGCUUCGCAGACAGACUGCGAGAAGCGCUACGAAGGGAAGCCGAGAAUUCGUGCACCACGAGUUCCACUGGCGAUUGGUCUACUGACAGCUCGAGCUAUGCGGUCGGAAUAAGUAUAUCAGGGGCUGAAGUAAACGAUAAUGAUAUUAGAGUUAAAAGAGGCGGAUCGGUAGGUUUCGUAUUAACAGAAAAAGAAACAACAAGUAUCAGUGAACCGUCGCCCAGGCAUCGGAUGUUGGGCAGAAAAGAAACUGGAAACAGCUCUAAAUACAGCUUCAGUACAGAAUACACGUCUGAAUUAGAAGAAGUAUAUGAGCAGUUCAAUCAGUGGCUCAACGAUCCUAUUGUGGACGCUGAAUCCGGGGAACAUAAAACGCGGGAGCUAGACUCUCGGGACUUGGCUGUGAUAAGAUUCGCGGGUUCGCUUCUAAAGCGUACGCUGAGCGAGUCGAUGGCUUGCGGCGGAAGCGGCGUGGGUGACGGUGGUGCUGAGGCGGCCGAGUUGUACGGACGGGAUUCGAGGGACCGCGCCGGGCCGCGCCGCCUUGCUCUCGCCGCUAGAUCUCUCUCUCUGGAACUGGCUCGACACAGGCACCGCCUUGCUGCACAGUUGAAACGUAAAGUAAAAGACUCUAUACCGGAGGAGAUUGUAGAAAAAACAAGAACAGACAACAAACGUGACAGCGCCGAGAGGAGCCUCAGCUCAUACAGUACUUCGACUGACACGGGUUCCACGGAAGUACUUAAUGUUAGGAAGAAAAAGUUGAACUGGGUCAUAAACAUGAUUGUACAAACUAUAGAAGAAACAAUAGAAUGUGAACCAGUCACUGUAAAACUAAAAAAGCCUAAGCUAAAUCAGCUAGCACACAAGAUAGUGACGGGUGGUUCGUGCCGAGCUGUCGCUACCGGCAACUGGGGAUGCGGCAAGAGACAACGAGGCCACCCCCAACUCAAGCUUCUGCUGCAGUGGCUCGGUGCCAGCGUUGCCGGUGUUCCUGCACUUUUAUACUAUACAUUUGGCAAUGAGAAGCUGUUCAAGCUUGAUACCCUCGUUAGGGUCAUAGUGGACCGAAAGUGGACUGUCGGCCAGCUAGCACGGGCGGUGUUAAAAUUUGCGCGGCAAAUUCUACACGAGCCACAUGUGAUACCUGAUAAUCACUCGCUCUUCGACGAACUGAUCGGGAUCGAGAAAAUACCAGACGACACAUAGCGGCGAUACUUCAAACUUUAUGCUGAAAGGCAUAGGGUUUAGUUUAUAUUUAAAACCAACUGAUAUCAUAUUGGCUGCGAUUUUUUAUGUAGAUCAAGUGUAAGUCUUUGCGAGAAUGCACUUUAAAUUGAGAUUUAAACUAUGAUCUUUUGGGUUUUAAAUUAAAGUCAUAGUGAUAGAUCUAUGUACUGUACGCCGAUGACGACGCACCUUUGUGCAAAUAUUCUUCACAUAUUUAACUUGCUUCUGUUACUCG